AAAGAAGAGUGUAUUUAGCUCUACAAAAUUGAAAGAGGUUUUAAAACUCAAAUUAUCAACUAGUCGAUCAUGAAUAUAAGUGUUGUGGCAGUGACAGUUCCCUCUAUUUGUGCGACGUUGCAGCCUGGCAGAAUCAGAAGCAGAGGCUUUCAAUUUUUCGAGAGAAAUAGAGUACUAGUGUUGAGUCCAUCAAAGCAGAAAUUCCGUACAAAAUACCAUCCCAUUAAGGCUCAUCAACAGAGUUAUGAUUCACAAAUCACCAUUGUAGCUGACAUGCCCCUCUUUGAAUCCCCUCAUGCAUCUUUCGAUAGGUACAUGGAGGACAAACCAAGAGUCUUCAAAGCUAUUUCCCCAGAUAACAGAGGAACCCAACGUCUUAACGAGGAAGAAUGGAGAAUUCAAAUGGAACCGAUAGGCUUCUUGUUCCUCACAGCGUGGCCAGUUGUUAACAUGAGACUUAGAUGCAAAACUAAAGGAAAUGAAUACCCUUCUGGCGUUCCAAACCAUACUUCUAUGGUUCUUGAGUUCAAAAUUACAAAAUGGGAUCUAGAAGGAGUAACAGAGGGGAAAAACAAGCCAUCAGAAUUCCGUCUUAGCAUGGAAGGUGUACUUUACCCAGAUAGAAGAAAAGGAGGAAGAAGCAGGAUCAAAGGUCAUUUCCAUAUGAGCAUUAGCUUCGCUCCACCUCCCAUGCUUGCUUUGGUCCCUCCACAUGUUCACAGAGAUGUCACACAAGCGGUUAUGAAGAAUAUGGCGGAGAGUAUGCAGCAUAAAGUAAGAAACAAUUUGCUCGCUGAUUAUGCUAAAUUCAAAAAGGAAACCCCCAAAAAUCCAUAACUGUAACACUGACUUAUCAUUUAAUCAAAAACCAGAAGAACUCUUCCUUUUUCUUUUUCCAUACUGGAAAACUAUGGUUCACUAGUGUGAAUUUUCUUUGUGUGUAAUUAAUUGCGU